GCGCGAUAUUCUUACUGUUCUGAUAAGAUGUAUCGAAUCUGUUUAGUGUGUAUCGGAACGUUAAAGUGAAUGUACUCAGCUAGGUACUCAAAUGACAAAUUAAAAAGUUUUAUUUUUCUUAUAUUGGUACGAGAUUUUAUUGAUUGUUUUCUUUCAUAAGAUUUUCGGGCAGACGGCGACUGAAAUUGCAAGUUACUGUGAUAUAUUUAUUUUCAAUAUUUUACAAUUCUUAUAAAAGAAUUAAAUGAGCAGGGAUAGCGAGUUAUGUCUAUAAGUAAUGGAAGGUACAGAACUGGGUGGCGACCAGCAAUUCUGUUUGAGAUGGAACAAUUUUCAAGCAAAUAUAACUUCUCAAUUCGAGGCGCUGCGCGAUGAUGAGGACUUCGUGGAUGUCACCCUGGCGUGCGAGGGACACAGGCUGGAGGCCCACAAAGUGGUUCUUUCGGCCUGUAGUCCUUAUUUCAAGGAAUUAUUUAAAAACAACCCAUGUCCGCACCCCAUAAUAUUCAUGCGCGACUGCGAAGUAUCGCACGUUCGUGCGCUGCUGCAGUUCAUGUACGCGGGGCAGGUCAACAUCGCUCAGGCGCAACUGACAGCGUUCCUCCGCACUGCUGACGCGUUGCAGAUCCGUGGGCUGACCGACUGCUCGCAGCACAACGACAAGAAAGUGAAUCGAAAGUCUCCUCCUUCCCAACUCCGUAAUUUGCUCAGCGCCAAGCCGUCACAGUCUACCUCCUCCUCCAAAGCCGCAAGCCAAACCGUCGACGCGUCCGACGACCCUGACAAGGCCGCCAGUCGCCGCUCCACCAUCAAUUCUCCCGAUGCUGCCAGAAACAAUCUCACUGAUGAAACUCCUUCCCAAACGUCUAGUCAAAUGAGGCCUAAUAAUGAUGACUAUAACGAAUGCACCUACCCGACCAUACGGGUGAAAACUGAUCUCGAAGCUACCGACGUCAAGACCGAGGAGAACGACAUUCUCAUGGACCCGGGGGGCUCGGACCGACCCGACGUAAAGUGUCAAGAUUUCAACGCGUCCGAUCUUUUAGAACCAAAAAUGGAAGUCAUGGAACAGGAGGCCAGCGACGAGGAGCGCUCCAGUUUCCCGCAGAUUUACUACAACGAGAACAACACACUCGCGAACCCCUUCGCGGCCCUGCAAGGAAACAUGGAUCUCAUGAGCGGAAUGAACGCCGACGUCCGGGAAGACAGCGCGGAAGCGGGGCGGUGGGACGGGCGACGCAACCGGCCGGUGCCGGACGCGGUGUGGCUCGAGCAGCAUCGGCGCGCGCUGCCCUUCGUGCUCAAGCGAGAGAACGAACGAGGCGCUGCCGCACCACGGCUGAUAAAACUCGGCGAGGGCGUUGAGAUUCGCGAGGAGCUGCUCCGGGGGGUGAAGUGGGGGGAUUACAGGAAGGUGACGCGGGGGUUAGCCGCGGCGCUGUUCUCGCCCAUAGAGCUGGCUACGUGCUCCGUGACGGGGCAGCGCUGGUCGCGUGCGGGUCAGGAGUCCCGGCCCACGAAGCCGCCGCUCGACCGCCGCCGCGUGCACGCGCUCAUAUCCUACGUGAGCCGACACUUCCCCGACGUGGAGGUGUCCCGCAUAAAGCAGGUGCUCGCGUACAAGUGCAAGGAGAACUGCGCCGCGCUUAGGAUGAGAACUGCGAGCGAGUCCACCAACUUCAUGCUGACGGCGGCCGCGCGGCCCCCUCCCUGCGAGCUCGAUGCGCCCGCCACGCGCGUCUACCCCCACUAUGAGUCGUCGAAGAGCCCGGGGCUGGGCGAGUGCUCGCGCUCGGGCGCGGCGCCGCCGUGUCCGGCGCCGUGCCCGGAGCCGCCGCGGGAGCCCGACGCGGCGCAGUGAUGCCCCGAUACCGUUGCAUAUCAAUUUCAUAAUCUUGUUGUUUUUUACCAAAAAUGAGAAAUUCUAACGAUACUCGUCGCUCGCCUCAGCCGCGACCCGGCCCCGCCCGCUCGGGACAGAUGUAUUUAUUGGGAAGCGCGGAACGGAGAGCGGGCGGGGAUAUUCAUAUUUAUUUAGGUGAUAUUUUUCUAUUGGCUACUGAUAAGAUUUUAUCUGUCGUUAUGUCGCCGGCCGCGCCGGGGUGCAUUGUCGUUGUAAGGAGGGUUUGCCCGAAGCUCUAGCAAUAAUUUAUCAGGUUCCUAAGAAGUUUCGUAGUUAGGUUCUAUGCACGAAUUUUCGCGAACACUGCCGCUUGAUAUCUAAAUUUGUUUCACGGAUAUUAGUCGUUCGAUUGCUUCCUUUGUUUUAUAUUUAAAGAGUCAUUUUUUCAUCGUUACGUUAAAAUUUGUAUAUGAGGCAUUUAAGUGCUGUACGAGGGACCGUUGCAAUUGCAAAGUAAAUAUAUAAAAUGGCAUAAUGUUUAGAACUAACAUAGAUAUAUUAUAGUCAUUUCGUUUUAUAGGUGUAAAUGAUAAAGAAUUUAUUUUGGAGCGUAAACGGUUUGGAUAUUGUAAAGUUUUCGGAGAGCUGUGAUCGAGACGGAUAUAAAGCAGUCAUAUUUUUAAAUAAAGUUUAGGAAUUACUACGUAAUUAUUGCCAGGUAUACAGCAUAUUGUAUGAGGCGAGGUGUACAUAGGACGCGGGGCCGCGUCGCCUCCGCGUGUCGUGUCGGAUCCGUGCCGGGACCGUGCCGAAGCCGCGCCGGACACGUGGCGGCGACGCGAGCCUCGCUCUCGCGCACGGUCGUGUUUUUAAUAUAAUCAUAUCAAAAAAAGCAAUAACUAUUAUUUGAUAGAAACGAAUUUUUAAUUUAUAAAAUACUGUUUUAACCAAGUUGUUAUAAAAGUAGCUAGUAAAUUAAUUAAAAAGUCUCUUUAAAAGUCCACAGUCGUUUUAGAGUUCUUUUGAACGAUGAGUAAUGUAAUUACGUCUCACGUUUCGAAUAUCAUAUCAUUUUGUAACGUGUUAGUUUGGGACGUUUCGUGCGAACGCAGUUCGAGUCGCGAGAACGGUAAGUUACAGUUACCACGGUAGACUAGUGUAGUCCGCGCAACUAGUUACACUUACCGACUAGUAGGUAUGUUACGAAGCCAAUUGAAAGUCUUUAUGCUCAAUGUUGCCAAAUUUUACUUGCCGAACGUCUUGUCUGAUAUGAUGAUGAUUCGUCAGUCGCCCGCCUUUACGGCACCAGAUUUGCUCAAUAGUACGGAGUCCUUUGUUACACUUUCAUGAGUUAGAAGUUUUGGCCGGAAAAAUAUCAUUAGAAAUUUAAAUUGAAAGAAAAUUUGAUAGUAACUUAAAUAAGACAAGUUAGAUUUUAUUAAGAGUAUUUGCAAGUAUAAAUACUUCGUUGCGUAUGAUCGAGUCGAGAUGCAAUAUGUUUAUUUAGUGCCAAAUGAUAAGUUAACUCGUAGCAAUAUGUCGUAUCUUAAUGCUCUUGUGUAAUUCGCGUAGUGCGUCGACCUCUGAGGUUUCGAAAGUUUCUUUAACAAGACUAUACAGGGAAAGUGUUAGGUAUUGUUGGAUUAAGGGAUGUUGUUGAGAUAUAAUACUCAUGCGGCAGGGUGUAAAAAUAAACGUACUCUAUUACCGAUCGGAUGCAUUCGCUCUCGGCUGCUGAUUGACACGAUGUGAUCGAGCCUCGCUCUAAGCGUUAAGCUCUAAACCUAGUCUAGUUUUGAUACUAAAAUAAUAUGAAAUAAAAUAUAAUCAAUCGCCAAACCUCGAAGGUAAGGCUCCACUCUUUUACAGGGUUAGUUAUUGUCUGACGUACGCCCUUCGCUAACAUACUCUUAUUUUUACACUCUGUUUUAAUAUUGGUGAUGGUGGAGAGCAAGGAACAAGAGAAUUUAUUUACUCAAAUAAGUUUUAUUAUUUAUAUUUAAACUAAAUUGUAAUGAAUAUACAUUUUUUUGCAUUUUAUUAUUGUAAUGGCAGCUGUCCAUGUAACGUAAUCGAUCAAAACAGCUGAAUCGCGUAGGGUUUCAUAAAUAUAUUUUAAAACGAUACAUCGAACAUGACACAUUGGGCACAAAUAUUGUUAAAAAUAUGCUUGUUUUCUUAAACGCUUCGCUAUCUAAUAAUGGAUAAUCGAAAUCUUUGUUGUAAUAAUGUUCCUGGUUCUAGUGUCUAUAAUUGGAGUCACUUUGUGGAACCCUUUUGUUAGAUACGUACUCUAAAUACGUACGUUGCCAAUUUUGUCUAAGUAAUAAUCAUGUGCGCGUGUUGAAGUGACGCGAGAGAACAACAUCGAAACCGCCGCGUCGCCCGCGCGUCCUUGACGUGUCGUCAACGUGUCGCCAACGUGGCGCUCGCAGGUCGCGGGUGCGCGGUGUUGUGCCAAAAUUAAGUGCUAGUCUUUUAAAACAAAUGUUGUUAUCAAUUUUCAGAUUUUAUUUAGUCCAGAAUAUGUUUAUUCCUGUGCUGUGAAAGUAAUCUUCGAUCAAAUCAACACUAAAUGGUGGUGUAGUAGUGAUGCACGAUGUAGCUGUUUCGAACAAUUUUAGCUAGAUUCUUGCCUUUCAAACCUUUAAUCUUUUAUCGUUUUUAUUCGAGUUUACAUCUUAGUCUUGUUAUAGUAUAAUUUUAUCGAGUCAGCUACAUUGUGAUCAACUUUUAAGUUUUAAUGGAUAAUGGUUGACUAUUGCCGACAGCGAGCGAGCUAGAUGGACUUACGCUUGUAGAGGCAAGGGCCUAUUCGCGCUGCCGGAGGCAAACUCAACGAUGGAUCUCAACAUACCUAUGCCAAUGAAUACACUAGGUACCUCCUUUAUUUUUGAGGCUAACAUCAUAUUCGGCGAUUAGGACCUUUAACACCAUUGAGCUCACUCGCUGUGGCCAUAAGAUGAUGUGAUGAUAAAGUGUCAUUAUAAGUCAUUAAAUGUAUGGAGUGGGCCUUUGGAAAGCCGUGUUGGUUUGUUACUACAUUUAUAGUAAAUAUUUACUAAAGUGCACAUAAUUGUUUAGCUACGAGCUUGUGCAAGUUUAUUCCAAAUUGUUUAUAGAUAAAUCUUUGAUUAUUUCCAAAUUUUUAUAUUAAUAUUUUUGUAAUCGUAAAAGACAAAGGCAACUUAAAUCCUAUUUAUGUUGUGCAUUUAUUCUCAAAUGUUAUUACGUACCACAUACUCGUGACUAAUGUAUUGUCAGAACAGGAGCGAAGAAUAUUAUACAGUAAUUAUUCUGUAUUGCUAAUAUUGUGAGUCAAUUCUAGUAAUGUUAAUGUUCCCUUUUGUUUAGAGUUAUUUACUAUAAUAAACAAAUUAAUUAAGAUUGCUCAACCGGACGCAAUGCUAACUGCAAUUUAGAUGUACGAAUAAUUUUAUAUUAUGUCCUUUUAUAUUAUCAUUUAUAUCUGAUAUUUUAUCAGUUUUAUUAUUUUGUGAGAUAUGGCAGCGCAUGUUAGUCUAUGUUUAUUCUUUAAGAGAGGCCAAAUGUUGACUUGCUAAUGUGAGACUGUUUUGCCAAGAAUCAGAAAGUAUAUUAUUACCUACAUUGUUUUAAAAUAAAUGCUUUUAUAUAAAUA